AUAUUUCGAGCAAAAUUACUGCCCAUGUUCACACCAACUUUUGGAAUUAUUUUGUUUUUUAAAGUAUGCCAGCGUCAUUGGAGGUGACUGGAGAAUGUGAGACUAGUUGUUGGAAGGUAGAGAAAGUGAAGAAAGCGUCAAAUAUAUGGGACAAGGAUAGGGGUGAUAUGAGUGCCAGUUAAUCGCAUGUUCGCAAGGAUAUGCAGGAAGAUAGCGAUAAUAAUAACGAUGUUGGUGAGGUUGUUGACAUUGAAUUGAUUGUAGAUGAAGUAACUCGUUCAUAUGAUGAAAAAAGCUGUUGUCGAUGACUGUUCAACACAACUGUUGGAAAGGCUGAAUCCCAGUGCCAUUAGUUCUUUAGCUGUUGAAGGUAAUAACGCAUCUCUCUUGCGCAAUACCAUAAUUAUAGAGUUGUCUGAUGAUGAUGACCAUGGUGAUGAUGGUGGUUAUGAUGCUGAUGAUGAAGAUAGUGUGGAAGAAUUCUGUUGUGAUUGGUGGUUUCAAUGUGUGAAUUAACAGUAAGAUUGCUAAUAAAAGUAAUGCUGGUGCGAAUUAUGAACUUUCAGAGAUACCCAGCCCAGCAGAGUCACUUUAGUAAUUUGAUAUAGUGCA